AUCAGAUUACAUAAUGGCUCAAAGCAUAUAAAAAAAUAAAAAAUAAAUUAAUUAAAGGACCAUCAAUAUAAACAAUAGAAAAUUAAGGCGGCGACUUCAAGAUCGAUCCAUUUGCCUAUUUCUUGAGUGAGGAACUUGAAGCCAACUUGAUGGUUGGGAUGCUGAGUUGUUGUUGUCGAAUGUUAAUUGAGGAAUUGAGUUGCAGAAAGCUAAAUGGAUUUGGAUUCAGUGAGAAGAUUAUUAGAGAGAGGGGAAGAGGAGAAUGAGAAUGCUUCGAUCGAUGCAGUGUCCAACAAAACGAAGUUUAUCGAAAAUCUUAUUUUGGAAGAGAUUCAAAUCGAUGUCAUCGAACCAGGUCGACUUGUCUGUUCCAUGAAAGUCCCUCGUCGCCUUCUGAACUCUGAUAACUUCCUGCACGGCGGGGUGACGGGAACGCUGAUAGACAUGAUUGGGGGAUUAACAAUGCAUACUGUUGGAGCUCAAAAAACCGGUGUUUCUGUUGAAAUCAAUGUCACCAACUUAGAUACUGCAUUUCCGGAUGAAGAAAUUGAAAUUGUGGGGAAUGUGUUACGUGUUGGGAAGGCAAUUGGAGUCGUCAGUGUUGAGUUGAGGAAUAAGAAGACUGGGAAGAUAUUUGCACAGGGACGUCACACUAAGUAUCCUGUUGUAUCUAGUAAAUUAUAAGGAUCCUAUUUGCAUUUCCUUUAAAUGUUCAAAAACUAGUAUCUUCACAUCUUCAUUCUGUAGGCAGGAGUAAAGCCAAAGCAGCUUAAUUGAGGGCCUCUAUUGUUGUAUAUCUUUGUGGCACAAAUUCUUAUUUCAGUCAUAAUAAGGGCUAUGUGGUAAGCCACUCUCAGCUUUAACUAUAUAAAUUAUGGAGCAGAAUUCAUGUAGCCAAGGACCCCAUUUUUGAGAUAAAGCUAAGUUGAGUUGCUGCUAAAUUAUGGCAUAGCAGUGCAGCCUCCAAUUUGGGAGAGGGAACCAUUAAUGGUGGUGUUAUUUCCUCAUUGUAAAUAGGCUUCUAUAUAACAUAGACUGACAAAACAAAUACCACCAGAACUCUCCCUCCCUCCCCUUAAGCAUGUAAUCUGACAUGGAAUGGCUUUUGCUCUUACCAUCAUCUUUAACAUUCCCUAACACCAGGGAGCUGGUUGGCUCCCAAAACAUGUCCAUGAUUACUUGGAUAAGUAAUUUUCUGUUUUGUGAACCUCCCUAGGUGCAUAUUCAAACAUUGUAACAUGUACUGGGAUUCACCCGAUGCUGCCAUUUAAGGCCUCUCAAAGUAUAUCAUUUUUAGAACCUGGAUCGAAAAUGCAUUUCGAAUCUGAGUCAAUCUGAAUUCCAGUUAAGUGUGUGUUAGUCAUAGAACUCUCACCAUUUGAAUUCAUCAGCUGCACAUGAAAACAAGUAUACACAGACAAAGUGAAUGAUAUAUUGCUGCAAGAAUCAAUUGAUUGGUGUUACAAAAUGAUAGGUAAGUCAGAGUUCAACUGGUCCUUCGGGCUUGUCAUAUGGCCAAGAUCUUCCAAAAGCUAUGCAAGGACAGGAUAUGGGGAAUCUGCAAAUGCCUUCGAAGCUAAACUGAAGGGAAGAGCAUACAACUGGUUCUUCAGGCUGGUCAUAUGGCCAAGAUCUUCCAAAAGCUAUGCAAGGACCAGCUAUGGAGAAUCUGCAAAUGCCUUCGAAGCUGAACUGAAGGUCAGGGCAUACAACUAGGCUUCAAUGUCAUUGAUGAGCUCAAGCUGAAUCAAAUGGUGAUGUCUUGGAUUGCUUGAGGGUAGUCAAUGCUCUUAAGUCUGAUGAUUUCUCAAUGGUUGGGCUGGAAACUUUCACCAAUGGUCAUUGUUGUGCUUGAAUGGAUGCCAGGGAAUAAUUAAGGGCAUUUUACACUUUA